GUAUGACGCCGCAUCUCUUUGUUGGUCCAGCGGCAGCUGCGCUCAUGUUGUUGUAGCUACUCUCUCUCUCUGGAAAUAUUUUUCUCUUUCGAAAUAUUUCGUCUCUUGUUUUCGUCGCGGCCUGUACACAUCCUAGUAUCUAGCGUUUGGUAUCAUACCUUGUCACAAUAUCAAGUUAAACCGAGUAAUGGACUCAGACGAAGGGUACAAUUAUGAAUUCGACGAGGAGGAAGAGGAAUGCAGCGAAGACAGCGCCGAGGAGGAUCCCGAAGACGACACCCUGGAAGUGGAGUUGGAUGAUCCUGUUGUGGCCGGUGGAGAACGAGAUGAAUGUGGGGAGACCGGAGGCAGUGGCCUAGGGCCCGGUCAAGACGAAGAGGAUUAUCGGUUCGAGGUUUUGACUGCUGAACAGAUCCUUCAGCAUAUGGUCGAGUGUAUCAGGGAGGUCAAUGAUGUCAUCCAGAACCCUGCAACGAUAACAAGAAUACUUCUUAGUCACUUCAAUUGGGACAAAGAGAAACUGAUGGAAAGAUAUUUUGAUGGGAACCUUGACAAAUUGUUCUCGGAAUGCCAUGUCAUCAACCCCAGUAAGAAGUCGAGGACACGGCUGAUGAACACGAGGUCCUCUGCUCAGGAUCUUCCCUGUCAGAUCUGCUACCUGAACUACCCAAACUCGUACUUCACUGGCCUGGAGUGUGGACACAAGUUCUGCAUGCAGUGUUGGGGUGACUACUUGACUACCAAAAUCAUUGAGGAGGGGAUGGGACAGACAAUUUCCUGCCCUGCUCACAGCUGUGAUAUAUUGGUGGACGACAACACAGUCAUGAGACUGAUCACAGAGUCCAAGGUGAAGUUGAAGUACCAACACUUGAUUACCAAUAGUUUUGUAGAGUGCAAUCGACUGUUAAAAUGGUGCCCAGCGCCAGACUGUCAUCACGUAGUCAAAGUCCAGUACCCAGAUGCUAAGCCUGUGAGAUGCACAUGUGGCCGUCAGUUCUGCUUCAAUUGUGGCGAGAACUGGCAUGAUCCCGUCAAGUGUAAGUGGUUGAGGAAAUGGAUCAAGAAGUGUGACGAUGACAGCGAGACGUCUAACUGGAUCGCAGCCAAUACAAGGGAGUGCCCCAAAUGCCACGUGACCAUUGAGAAGGACGGCGGCUGCAACCACAUGGUGUGUCGGAACCAGAGCUGCAAGGCUGAGUUCUGCUGGGUCUGCCUGGGGCCCUGGGAACCACACGGCUCUGCCUGGUACAACUGCAACCGCUACAAUGAGGAUGAUGCCAAGGCAGCGAGGGACGCCCAAGAGUGCCAGGCGUUGUCCCUCCUCCUCAUCCAGCGGUCCAGGGCAGCCCUGCAGAGGUACCUGUUCUACUGCAACCGUUACAUGAACCACAUGCAGUCACUGCGCUUCGAGCACAAGCUGUACGCUGGGGUCAAGGCCAAGAUGGAGGAGAUGCAGCAUCACAACAUGUCCUGGAUCGAGGUGCAGUUCCUGAAGAAGGCUGUGGACGUGCUGUGUCAGUGUCGCUCCACUCUCAUGUUCACCUACGUCUUCGCCUUCUACCUCAAGAAGAACAACCAGUCCAUCAUCUUUGAGAACAAUCAGGCUGACUUGGAGAACGCUACGGAGGUUCUGUCUGGAUAUCUGGAGCGGGACAUCUCCCAGGACUCUCUGCAGGACAUCAAACAGAAAGUACAGGACAAGUACAGAUACUGUGAGAGUCGACGUCGGGUGCUGCUGCAACAUGUGCAUGAGGGCUAUGAGAAGGACCUCUGGGAAUACAUAGAAGAUUAAGACUCUUUACUAAAAGAGAAACAGACUAGAGCGCUGAUGCAAUGCCACGGGGGCAGGUUGUUGCUGAUCUUCCCAAUAUUGCAUUUUUUUUCUCCUCCUCUUGGGUUUUGUUUAAUGGAAAAAGUUUAAAAUAAAUUAUAUCAAAAUAAUAAUAAAAAAAUAAAAAUAAAAAGUAGAAUAUUUCAAACAUUAAUCGUACAACAGUAUUGUUUGUAGCAGAUUGGAUUGUGAGGACAAAAAAAAAAGAACUCCCCCCGCUUCUCUCAAUUGGUCGCUAUAGUAACAUCAUCACCCCCCCCCCCCCCCCCCCCCCCACUGUUCAGUUUCCCAGUGAUCUAUUUUAUCUGUUUACUUUUUAAAGUACCCCCUUGUGUGGGACAUGGGUUUGUGUUCAACACAGUCCAACUGUUCAAGCCAUGUUCAUUAAAUGUGGUUAGAUCACAUGUAGGGUUUUUUUGAAUGUUGAUUUGCUGAUUGUAAAGGUGCUGAACCAUGUGGGUUGGCAGGAGGGAAAAAAGACCAUAGGGAGUGCAGGAAAAAGAAGGAAAGGUGUUUUUCAGUUUGUAAAUAACGCAUAUGCAUGGAACAGCAAGUGUGGACAUUUUCUUUCAUUUGUCUUUUUGUUUUUGUUUUUUAGAAAAAUAUUUAUUCUUUUUUUUUCAAAUAUUCAAUAUAGUUGCUGUGUAGAAGACAAGUUCGCUCCUGCUUUAAAAGAAAAAUGUAUUCUUUGUGAGGGUUUGGAAGUUGUUGAACGAGCGAUGAAACUCUGACCGGGUUGUAGUAGCUUUUUGAAAGCAAUUCUGACAAAAACAAAAUCCACCUAAAAGGAUCGCAUUAGGUGAGAGAAUGAGACUAAAGAACAAGCCAUCUUCUUUUUAACAGCAAGCCAGACUGUAGUUCAGGUAAUACAUUGAUUUAUUCAUAGUUGGAAUUGACCUUGCAACCUUCAGAGGUUAUCAGCUAAUUGCACCUGAGGGGGUUUUGAGAAAUGAACAGAGAAUGACUUGGCUGUGUCCCAAGUGGCUCCAUAUUCUCUCUAUAGUACACUGUAGGCCCUGGUCAAUAGUAAUGCAUUAUAUAGGGAAUAGAGUGCCGUUUGGGAUGAAGGUAAUGUCCUGUUUGUUCUAACCCCCCCCCCCCCCUCCUAACCUCUUGUUCUUCCAUCACCACCCCUCCUGUUUCUCCUUAGAAGUUGUAAUUUCCAGAUAACACACUACCAACUGUUUCAUGAGAGCCAAAUUGAGUGACAUUCACUCAUUAAAAAAAUAAAUAAACAAAUGUAUUUCUUUUUUCAGACUUGAGCUUUUCCUCAUGGUUUUUUUGUUUGCACCUUGGUAACCUGGGAGGCGGUAGGGCACCGUGGUAACCUGGGAGGUGGUAGGGCACCGUGGUAACCUGGGAGGCGGUAGGGCACCGUGGUAACCUGGGAGGCGGUAGGGCACCGUGGUAACCUGGGAGGCGGUAGGGCACCGUGGUAACCUGGGAGGCGGUAGGGCACCGUGGUAACCUGGCAGGCGGUAGGGCACCGUGGUAACCUGGCAGGCGGUAGGGCACGGUGGUAACAUGGGAGGCGGUAGGGCACCGUGGUAACCUGGGAGGCGGUAGGGCACCGUGGUAACCUGGGAGGCGGUAGGGCACCGUGGUACCCUGGCAGGCGGUAGGGCACCGUGGUACCCUGGGAGGCGGUAGGGCACCGUGGGAACCUGGGAGGCGGUAGGGCACCGUGGUAACCUGGGAGGCGGUAGGGCACCGUGGUAACCUGGGAGGCGGUAGGGCACCGUGGUAACCUGGGAGGCGGUAGGGCACCGUGGUAACCUGGGAGGCGGUAGGGCACCGUGGUAACCUGGCAGGCGGUAGGGCACGGUGGUAACCUGGGAGGCGGUAGGGCACCGUGGUAACCUGGGAGGCGGUAGGGCACCGUGGUAACCUGGGAGGCGGUAGGGCACCGUGGUACCCUGGCAGGCGGUAGGGCACCGUGGUAACCUGGGAGGCGGUAGGGCACCGUGGGAACCUGGGAGGCGGUAGGGCACCGUGGUAACCUGGGAGGCGGUAGGGCACCGUGGUAACCUGGGAGGCGGUAGGGCACCGUGGUAACCUGGGAGGCGGUAGGGCACCGUGGUAACCUGGCAGGCGGUAGGGCACCGUGGUAACCUGGGAGGCGGUAGGGCACCUUGGUAACCUGGCAGGCGGUAGGGCACCUUGGUAACCUGGGAGGCGGUAGGGCACCGUGGUAACCUGGGAGGCGGUAGGCACCGUGGUAACCUGGGAGGCGGUAGGGCACCGUGGUAACCUGGCAGGCGGUAGGGCACCGUGGUAACCUGGCAGGCGGUAGGGCACCGUGGUAACCUGGGAGGCGGUAGGGCACCGUGGUAACCUGGGAGGCGGUAGGGCACCGUGGUAACCUGGGAGGCGGUAGGGCACCGUGGUAACCUGGCAGGCGGUAGGGCACCGUGGUAACCUGGGAGGCGGUAGGGCACCGUGGUAACCUGGGAGGCGGUAGGGCACCGUGGUAACCUGGGAGGCGGUAGGGCACCGUGGUAACCUGGCAGGCGGUAGGGCACCUUGGUAACUUGGCAGGCGGUAGGGCACCUUGGUAACCUGGGAGGCGGUAUGUCAUUCCCUGAAAGGGCUGUUUUAAACUUGAGUCAGUCAGCAUGACUACAUGACCUAGUCCUAGUCCCCUAAAGAAGUAGGAACUGUGACAGACCUGGCUGACAAGACGUACCCCAUAACCCUUCCUCCUUUCUUUAUCUGUUGUGUAAAGGAGUAUUGUUUUCGAUAGCACCAUCCAGUUGAGCUAUACAAACUGCUUCGUGGGCUUUAAAAGGAACGAGUCUUGUCCGACAACUGCAUUUAAAAUAUAUAUAAGGACUGAGCAUAAAGCAGCGCUGAUGUUUUUGAGAUGUCUGUUGUUGUAAAGCUUUGGCAUCUAGGCUAGACUAUGAGAGUGGCGUUUACACUGGUUGCUAGUCUGAAAUGCCACCCUAUUCCCUAUAUAGUGCACUACUUUUGACCACAGACCAAUGGGGAGUGGAGCACCUAUAGGAGAUAGGUUGUCAUUUGGAAAGCAGCCUGGGUUGUACCAACAUGGUAACAUGAUGCCAUUUUACCUUCAUAACACUUUCCAGUUUUAUACGAGCUUACGAGGUCCAAAACGAGACAACCCCGAGCCCAGAGAAGUGGCUGGACUAGUCACAGUGCUGUCCUCAGUCCAGUGUUUGUUGGAAUUUCUCAAUGCACUGUAGCCCUCGAGAAAUACAAGAGUCUGGCGUUUGACAUUGAUGUGGCUGACAAGACGGAAACAAAGAUUUCUCUUUCACCAAAGUGUGAAUCAUCUGAAAAUACUAUUUUUUAUCUCUUUGUUUCUGAUACUUUCUGUGAAAAGGGAAGUUCAGACACAGAGUUGCUUUCAUGUAUUAUAACCAUUCUUACAAACAAAAUGUCCUAUUUAAAUAAAUGUCAUUCAAAAGGAA